GCAACGAGCAGCUGCCCCGGAUCCAAUCCCAACCGCUACUUCCUGCUCCCGCCCCACCUCACCAUAGCGAUGACAGGCGCGGCGUGGGCCGCGGGGUCUGCCGGGAAGGGAGCGGCGUGUUUCGGCCUCGUAGUUUAACCGGCCGGCGGCGGUGCCGGGCCUAGGGGAGUGUGCUGGUUGUCGCCAUGUCGGGAGGGAGUAGCGCUGGGGAGUGGUGCCUCAUGGAGAGCGACCCGGGCGUGUUUACGGAGCUUAUCAAAGGCUUCGGUUGUAGGGGAGCACAAGUUGAAGAAAUAUGGAGUUUGGAACCAGAGAACUUUGAAAAAUUGAAGCCAGUACAUGGGCUGAUUUUCCUCUUCAAGUGGCAGCCUGGAGAGGAACCAGCAGGUUCUGUUGUUCAGGAUUCCAGACUGGAUACAAUAUUUUUUGCUAAACAGGUAAUUAAUAAUGCUUGUGCUACUCAGGCCAUAGUAAGUGUGCUUUUGAAUUGUGCUCAUCAAGAUAUCCAUCUAGGAGAGACUUUGUCAGAAUUCAAAGAAUUUUCACAAAGUUUUGAUGCAGCGAUGAAAGGUUUGGCACUAAGCAACUCAGAAGUGAUUCGGCAAGUUCACAACAGUUUUGCCAGACAGCAGAUGUUUGAAUUUGAUGCAAAGUCUUCAGCAAAAGAAGAAGAUGCAUUUCACUUUGUAAGCUAUGUUCCUGUUAAUGGAAGGCUGUAUGAACUAGAUGGCUUAAGGGAAGGGCCAAUAGAUCUAGGUGCAUGCAAUCAAGAUGACUGGAUAAGUGCUGUACGGCCUGUCAUAGAGAAACGUAUACAAAAAUACAGUGAAGGAGAGAUAAGGUUUAACUUGAUGGCUAUUGUAUCUGACAGAAAGAUGAUAUAUGAGCAGAGGAUUGCAGAAUUACAGCAGCAACUUGCAGAGGAGGAGCCUAUGGAUACAGAUCAAAGUAGUAAUGUGUUAAGUUCAAUACAGUCAGAAGUAGCAAAAUACCAGAUGUUAAUUGAAGAAGAGAAUCAAAAAUUAAAAAGAUAUAAGAUUGAAAAUAUUAGAAGAAAACAUAACUACCUGCCUUUCAUCAUGGAAUUACUAAAGACAUUAGCAGAGCACCAACAGUUAAUACCAUUAGUAGAAAAAGCAAAAGAAAAACAGAAUGCCAAGAAAGUUCAGGAGGCCAAGUGAAGAUGACUUUGCAAUAUACAUACAAUUAUGUGCUUCCGAAACUAUUUUCAUGACAAGAAAUAAAACUUUUCAUAAACUUUGAAUUUUGUCCAGCGCACGUUUGACAGUUGUUAACAAUUUGUCUUGUACUGUAUGCACGGGUCUAAUUUUCUUCCUUCCCCUGCAUCUUGUGCAUGUAGUACCGCUAAAUAAUGUCUAGGGUCUCUUGGUCAAAUUCAGUAUUUAACAGUCUGUCUGAUUUCUGAAAGCUUGGGAAGUGGAACUGAAAAUAUGCAAGGAAAAUGUAUCCAUUUCGUCCCACUUGAGUAUAUAAUGAUGCAAAUGCCAGAGUUGUGUAAGCAUGAGCUUUUUUUGCUCAUCCCUACUAACAAUUAUAAUAUUAUCCAAUUGUUCAGUGACAUACCGUGUCUUUUGUUUUUAUGAAGUAUGUGUCUUAAUUUUUUUACAAAAUCUAAAAGUAUGAAUUUAGCUCGAGAAACAUUUGCAAAGACCAGUGUAUAACCUCAGAAGUUCUGCAUUGCUUUAGUAGAAAAGAUAAUAAAUAUUCCCAUUUUUAUUUUGGCAAAAUUU